GGGGGGCGGGGCAGAGGCGCUCUAGGCCCGCGGGGCAGCUGCGCCUCUCGCUGGUGGCGGACCUGGCGGCCGUGGUGGCGGCGGUGGCAGCGGCGGCGGCGGCCUGACCUGCUUGACUGGAGCCGGAGCCGGAGCCGGAGCCGGAGGCGGAACCGGAACCAUGAGCGUGGACAAGGCCGAGCUAUGCGGGUCUCUGCUCACCUGGCUGCAGACUUUCAAGGUGUCCCAACCGUGUUCUUCCCCCCAGGACCUAAGCAGUGGACUGGCAGUGGCCCAUGUGCUACAUCAGAUAGACCCUUCCUGGUUCAAUGAGACCUGGCUCCUUCGGAUCAGAGAUGAUUCUGACCACAAUUGGCGGCUAAAGGUCAGCAACCUGAAGAAGGUGUUACAGGGCCUCGUGGAGUAUUCUCAGGAUAUCCUGGGACACCAGGUAUCUGACCAGCACUUGCCAGAUGUGAACCUGAUCGGGGAGUUCUCUGAUCCAGCUGAGCUGGGCAAGUUACUACAGUUGGUGCUGAGCUGUGCUAUCAGCUGUGAGAAGAAACAAGAACAUAUCCAGAGGAUCAUGACCCUGGAGGAAUCGGUCCAGCAUGUAGUCAUGACAGCCAUUCAGGAGCUCAUGAGCAAAGACCCUGUAGAUCCCAUGACUGCAGAAACCUAUGGGAAUUUCGACAGCCAGUCCCGAAGAUACUACUUCCUGAGUGAAGAGCCAGAGGAAGCUGACCAACUUCGGCAGCGCUGCCAUGACCUGGAGCAGCAGCUGACUCUCCUAGUGGAGGAGAAACAGAGUCUGGUGCAGGAGAAUCGAGCCCUGAAGGACAGGGGGGCACAGCUGGAGGGACCUGGAGCUGCUGGACUCACCUCCAAGAGGCUUUUGCUUCUUCAGUCACAGCUAGAACAGCUACAGGAAGAAAACUUCAGGCUGGAGAACUUGAAGGAAGAUGAACGUCUGCGUUGUGUGGAACUGGAGAAAGAGGUGGCUGAGCUCCAACAGCGGAACCAGGCAUUAACAAGCUUGGCCCAGGAGGCCCAGACCCUAAAGGAUGAGAUGGAUGAGCUCAGGCAGUCAUCAGAGCGAGCGAGCCGGCUGGAGGCCACACUGAGUGGGUGCCAGCGUCGCCUCGGGGAGCUGGGGGAGCUUCGGCGACAAGUACGGCUACUGGAGGAGCGGAAUGCAGGCCAUGCAGAACGAACCAGACAGCUAGAAGAUGAGCUUCGGAGGGCAGGAACCCUGAGAGCCCAGCUGGAGGGCCAUCGGAGACAGGUGCAAGAACUACAGAGUCAGCGUCAAGAGGAGGCCCUGAAGGCUGAGAAAUGGUUGUUUGAGUACAGAACACUGGAAGAGAAAUACGAGGCUGUGGUCAAAGAGAAGGAGAGGCUAAUUGAAGAGCGAGACUCUCUCCGAGAAGCGCAUGAGGAGCUGUGCUGUGUCCAGGUGCAGCAGCGAGGUCUAAGUCAGGCUGAUGUCCAGCUGCAGCAAAUGCCGUCCCCUGUGGAGAAUCUGGCAGCUGAGAUCCUUCCAGCUGAGCUCAGGGAGACAGUCCUUCGCUUGCAACGGGAAAACAGACGCCUGUGCCAGCAAGAAGCAGCUGACCGUGGCCGCACAGAAGAGCUGCAGGGGCAGCUGGAGAAGGCCAACAGGGCCCGGCAUGGGCUGGAAACACAGCACAGGCUCAAUCAGCAACAACUGGCAGAGCUUCGGGCACAAGUAGAAGAAUUACAGAAGGCAUUACAGGAACAGGGGGGCAAAGCUGAGGAUUCUUCCCUGCUGAAGAGGAAGUUGGAGGAGCACUUGGAGAAGCUUCAUGAGGCACACUCAGAACUGCAGAGAAAACGGGAGUACAUUGAGGAGCUGCAGCCACCAGCUGACAGCAACACAGCCAGGCGCAUUGAGGAACUCCAGAGGAGCCUGCAGAAGAAGGAGGCUGACAUGCGGGCCAUGGAGGAGCGCUACCGGCGGUACAUGGAGAAGGCUCGAACAGUCAUCCAGACACUGGAACCCAAGCAGCGGCCUCCAGGACCUCCUCCCCUGGAGAUUCAGGCCCUGAGAACCCAACUCCAGGAGAAGGACUUGAGGAUCCGACACCUUGAGACGGACUUUGAGAAGAGCCGUAGUCAGAGGGAGCAGGAGGAGAAGCUAAUCAUCAGUGCCUGGUACAACAUGGGUAUGGCCCUGCAGCAACGGGCUGCUGGGGAGGAUCGACAGCCUGGCCCAGCCCAUGCUCAGUCCUUCUUGGCCCAGCAACGACUGGCCACCAACACCCGACGGGGGCCUUUGGCUCGAGCCCAGGCUGGCCCUGCCCGAUCUGGAGAUAAGCACUGACCUUUGGACCCUGGCUUCUUUACUCUUCUGGGCAACAGAGGGGUAACCCUGUGCCGGUCCCUUCUCCACACACACACACACACACACACACACACACUACAAGGAGAUACCCUUAUUGCACAUGCCCAGCACCAGGGCAAGGGAACUCUAGCCCUGACCUCUGACCUCAUCCCUUUUCCUUAGCCCAAGUUUUGUUUUUUUAGAUGUUUAUCCUAAGGGUCCCUCCCCCUUUAUAACCUCUGGUUCUCAGGGCAGAGAGGAGUUGGAUUUCUGCAUUCCCAGUACUGCCAGGCUGGGCCCCACCUUCUCUUUUUAAAAAUGUGAUUCAGGAGGGGGACAAAUCUUCUAAAUCUGAGAUGAGGAAUUAAAUAAAGCAUACAAUCCUAAA